GCGAGUUACGUUUGAAGACUUUAAUUUGGCGGUAUCAGUUGUUGUCGCAAUAAUGUCUUCAGUCCAGUAUCUGAGAGAGGUUAUCAAGGAGAGAUUAACUGCUGCCGCAGAACAAAUCUUCUCAGAGUUUGAAAAAACGAUCGUCCGGUAUGAGGAGGAGAUCAGUCAGCUAAGACCGCUGGAUACCAGACCCGGGAUAAAGUCACACAAUACAGGUCUGGAUGAUCAGCAGGUCUUUGACCAGAAGAGGAGCUCCAGUCUCCACCAGCAGGACCCAGAUCCUCCACAGACUAAAGAGGUACAGGAGGAAAUCUGCAGCAGUGAGGAAGGAGAGCAGCUUGAACUGAAGCAGGAGGCUGAAGACAUUGAUGUGUGGACCGGAGAACAGCUGGAUUUGUUGUGUAAACCUGGAGUAGAGCUGACCACAACAGACCUCCCACAGCAACAUGAUUGUAAGGAAAACUGUAGCCAGGAGAGGAACUCCAGUCUCAACCAGGAGGACCCAGAUCUUCCAGAAACUAAAGAGGAACAGGAGGAAAUCUCCCUCAAUCAGGAAGAAGAGCAGCUUUCACUGAAGCCAAAAACCAAAGAUGUCAUCGUCUGGACCGGGCAGGAGCUGGGCAUCAUGUGGAACCCUGAAGUAAAGUUGGAAAGAAUAGAUUUUCCACAACAUGACUGUAAAGAACAGGAGGAUCCUUCGCAGAUUAAAGGGGAAAAGGAGGAACUUUGUACCACUGAAGAGGGAAAACCGUUUGUACGAAAGCAAGAGACUCAAACUUUUCCUGCUCGUAAAGAAAGUGACCACAGUGAACCAGACCUAAGCAGUGACCAGCUCCUUUCUCACAACUAUCCUGACACAGAUCAGGACGAAAGCAAGGAUGGUAAAUCAGACAGAAAUAAGUCGGAGCAAAUCGUAUCAGGCCUGUCAGUUCAAAAUUCCAAGACAGUACAUUUAUGUAGCACCUGUGGAAAAAAAUUUAAUACUACAAAAAACUUGAAUCGACAUAUGAAAAUUCACACAGGUGAGAAGCCACAUUCUUGUAGCACCUGUGGGAAAAGAUUUCGUCGGAAGUCGCACUUGACUAGACACAUGCAAAUUCACACAGGUGAGAAGUCGCAUUCUUGUAGCACCUGUGGGAAAAGAUUUAAUCGGAAGGAACAUUUGAAAAUGCACAUGGAAUGUCAUGCAGGUGAAAAACGAUAUUCCUGUAGCACUUGUGGGAAAAGAUAUAAUGUAAAAUCAAGUUUGAAAACCCACAUGCGAAUUCACACAGGUGAGAAGCCACAUUAUUGUACCACUUGUGGGAAGAGCUUUAGUCAGAAGGGGCAGUUGAAUAGUCACAUGCAAAUUCACACAAGUGAGAAGCCAUAUUUUUGUAGCAUAUGUGGGGAAAGAUUUAAUGUAGUAACAAAUCUGAAAAUACACAUGCAAAUUCACAAAGGUGAGAAGCCACACUCUUGUAGCACCUGUGGGAAAAGAUUUAGUAGGAAGUCACACCUGACUAGACACAUACAAAUUCACACAGGUGAGAAGCCACAUUAUUGUACCACUUGUGGGAAAAGCUUUAGUCAGAAGGGGCAGUUAAAUAGUCACAUGCAAAUUCACACAAGUGAGAAGCCAUAUUUUUGUAGUAUAUGUGGGGAAAGAUUUAAUGCAGUAACAAAUCUGAAAAUACACAUGCAAAUUCACAAAGGUGAGAAGCCGCACUCUUGUAGCACCUGUGGGAAAAGAUUUAGUCGGAAGUCACACCUGACUAGACACAUACAAAUUCACACAGGUGAGAAGUCGCAUUCUUGUAGCAGCUGUGGGAAACGAUUUAAUCGGAAGGAACAUUUGAAAAUGCACAUGGAAUAUCAUACAGGUGAGAAACGAUAUUCCUGUACCACUUCUAGGAAAAGGUUUACUCUAAAAACAUAUUUAAAUGAACAUGCAAGAAUUCACACAGGUGAGAAGCCGCAUUCUUGUAGCACCUGUGGGAAAAGAUUUACUCUAAAAGCAUAUUUAAAUGAACACAUGAGAAUUCACACAGGUGAGAAGCCGCAUUCUUGUGACACCUGUGGGAAAAGCUUUACUCAGAAGGGGCAGUUGAAUAAACAUGUGCAAAUUCACACAGGUGAGAAACCACAUUGUCGUAGCACCUGUGGGAAAAAUUUUGUUCUUCAGUACAGUUGAAAAUGCAUAUAGGAAACCAUGCUACAUGCUAAGUUUCAUUGUUAGAAAAUUUUGACGGUAAAACACAAAGUGUUUGGAUCUUUUUAUAACUUGUUUUGUUGUUUGUGGGCUUUGUCUUGGCUAAAGACUCUCUUUGGUAUGGCCUUGACAGUGCUUGAGAUAUUUUGUGUGUCUUGAUGCAAAAGAUUUCUCAAAAAUAGAAAACACUAGAAAAUAGCUGUUUAAAAAAAUGUCUGUGUACAUAUCGAGGAAUGGAGGGAUAGGAGUGACAAAAUGAACUGAUUAAAUACACCAUUAAAUAAUUAAAUUCAAUGUGUCAAUAAUCAGGGGGUUGGGGUAAACACUGUUCGAGUCAAAACCAUUGCUUUGGCCGGGUUGCCAUUCUUUUUUUUCUGGGCGUUUCUCCACACCAGCAACUGGCAUGUGGAAACUAACUGAACUGUACUUUGAAAUACCCUGUUUGUGUGUCACCAAGUACACUUUUAAUAUUUUUUUUAGCCGAGAAUGUAGUGGUUUAAUCUUCAGAUAUACGGCUGGUUUGUCAAGAUAGAGCCAGUUUGCAAAAUGCCUUCGAUGAUUUCGGAGAUGUCCGCCCAGCCCAGUCUCACGGAAAAGCCUGUGAUAGACCCGCUCGCCUUGCAAGCGCAUGAAGCAUAAACUCUAUUAAAAGAGAUAACAUUGGUGUUUCCUUCAUGUAGUAACUGUUAGGUUUAACUGCACCAGGCUUGUUAGACACUAUGAAACACAUACAGACUUCAAGAUGUUUGAUGAUGUAGUAUUGUUUAUUGUGAAUAUUAAUCAUGAGGGUAAACAGGUAGUCCAGGUGCUGCCUCAGUCUAACGAUACCCAUUCAAAACACAUUCCUCCAAAAUGUGGUGCUUCCAGUUGAUUUUCAACAGAAAAGAUCGAACCUGCUCCGACAGUUUAAGUUUGUGUUCUGUCAGCUGCAGACUCGCUGCUGUUUAAAAGUUUGAGAGCAAAGAUUAGAUAUAAAACAAACGUCAAACAUAGACUCAGUCUACGUACACAUUUGAUAUGAGGUCAGCCCUUACAGUGUCUGUGUCCUGUUUUUAAGAUCAUAUAUGUAAAAUAGCUGCUUAGAUCCUGAGGUUACCAUGGUUACUGCAUAAGCUACUGUGAAUUAAACAGCUGGCACUGCGGUAACUUUAUGAAUGUUUCUGUUUUUCAUUGCAAAAGAACUGUAUGACUUGGUUAACUUGGAUAAAUUAUAGUUUAGGAGUAUCAACGAUAAUGCCUACGUGAGCUGUGUGACUUUAAACCACUAUACUGAAGUAAAUAGGCUAUUACUGAA